GCUGGCCAGCCGACCUUGCGCGAGUACACGCUGGCCGAGGUCGGGAAGCACUGCUCCCGCGGCGACGCGUGGAUCGUCGUGGACGAGCGAGUGUACGAUGUGUCUCGCUUCAUCGACGCGCACCCCGGCGGAGUCGGCCCUAUCCUUAACCUCGCGGGCAAGGACUGCACCGACGUGUUCGCGAACUACCACGCCGCGCGCAUCGUCGUCGCGCCGCACGUCGCCGACUUCCGCCGCAUCCGGCAGGAGCUGCUGCGGCGCGGGCUCUUCGAGACGGACUCGCGCUUCUACCUCAAGAUGCUCGCCUGGCACUGCACGCUCUGGCUCUGCGCGAUGUACCUCUCUCUCGGCUGCGACUCGUGCGGCGCGCACAUGCUCGGCGCGGCGCUGAUGGGUGUCUUCUGGCAGCAGCUCGCGGGCAUCGGGCACGACCUCGGCCACAGCGGAGUGACGCACUCUUUCCGCCGGGACCACCUCGUCGGCUCCCUCCUCUCCGCCUUCAUGGGCCUGUCGGUUGGCUGGUGGAAGUCGGACCACAACACGCACCACGUCGUCUGCAACGCCGUCGAGCACGACCCGAACAUCCAGCACAUGCCGAUGCUCGCCAUCACCGACAAGGUCUUCCGCCGGCCGCGCUUCUGGGACACCUACCACCGAAAGUGGGUCGGCAUGGACGAUGCGGCGCACUGGCUCGUCUCGCACCAGCACCUCUUCUUCUACCCGCUGAUGGCGCUCGGGCGGUGGAACCUGUACGCACAGGGGCUGAUCUACCUCCUCACGCAGCCCGACAAGACGCACUUCCGCAAGACGGAGCUCGCCGGCAUCGCAGUCUACUUUGGGUGGGUGCUCGGCACCGCUCUCUCGAUGCCCUCCUGGGCCGAGUCCGUCGGGUGGGUGAUGCUGUCGCACGCAUGCAUGGACGAAUCAGGCAUCCUGCACGUGCAGAUCGUCCUCUCGCACUGGUCGAUGCACACGUACGAGGGCCGCGCGUACAACGGCGCGGACGACGAGUGGUACGUCACGACGAUGCGCACGACGAUGAACGUCGCCACUCCGCCGUGGCUCGACUGGGUGCACAUCGGCCUCCAGUUCCAGAUCGAGCACCACCUCUUCCCCCGCCUGCCGCGGCACAACCUCCGCCUCGCGCGCGACAUGGUCCGCGAGGUGGUCGAGGCGCACUUCCCCGCCGGCUCGGCAGAGUGCAAGCGCCUCUUCCCGCUCGGCGUCGCCUACCACGAGCCGGGCUUCUUCGCGGGCGAGCUAGAGCAGCUGCGCGUGGCCUGGCCAACACCGCCGGCGAGUCACGGCUCGCGGCUAACUCUCUUAGGCAACCUCGAGAUGUGGCGCGUGCUUCGCAGCGCGGCCUACGCGGCGCGCGGCGCCAAGCGGGGCGAACACGGCUUCUGGCAGAGUGCUCUCUGGGAGGGGAUGAGCCUUGCCGGCUGA